GCAGCUCGGCCCCGGCGCCUUCCUGCGGGUGCCCGCUCUGGGUGGACACAGCAGGCGGUGUGCGAGAGGCAGCCAAACCUCGCCUUCCUACGAGGUACCCAGGGGUCUAAGCCCGCCCACUGCAGAUGCCCAGGGUCAGAUGUGGCGCGUUUUCAGGUAGACUCCCAGGGGACCUGAACCCUGGCCUCGAGGGGGCGCUCUUUGGUCCAUUCCAGGGCCAGACCGCUGCAAAGAAGCCCGGAGGUCAAGGCCCUGGCAAAGGCCAGAGCUUGCAGAGCCUGAAUCUACCUAGUCUUGGGGAGACUGCGGCGGGGAGCCAGAUCCCCGAGGACAAAGACAGGCGGGCCAGUGGGAUUCACCGACGCCGCCCAGCGCGGGGCCUCUGGCGCGAACAAACUUUCCUGCAGCGGAGGGCGGGGAGGCUGGGCUGGAAGCUGCUCCCCGGAGCUUCUGCUCUUCUCCACCUGCCGGUGGUCCAACCUCCGCCCAGCCUUCACCCACCCCAGUUCCCUCCCAUCCCCCGCCCACCUCUGUUCACUUAGACUCCUCAUUUCUCUCUCCUCUCCCGUCCUCCUUUUCCCUCCUGCCUUUCUCCCCCACUUUUCUUCCCUUCUCUCUCUCUCUCUCUCUCUCUCUCUCUCUCUCUCUCUCUCUCUCUCUCUCUCUCUCUCUGUCUCUGUCUCUCUCUGUUUCUCUCUCAUUUGUAUUCGCCGCCUGGGUUGCUUCUCUCCUCCUAGGGCCUCAGGGAGGAGAUAAGUGCGCUGCGCCCCGGGCCUGCGUGGCGCAGAGGGAGGCGUUUCUCCUACUUCUCCCGGGUAAUUUGGAGAGAUUGUAUGCGCGCGCGCGCGUGAGUGUAAAGCAAAAAGGGGUAGGAUCCAGCGUCAAGCAGAGAGGGUCAGGGUCUCUGACAUUCCUCACCAGCUGCACAAACCUCCCAGAACAAGUGUGAGUGUGGGUGAGCGUGCGCGCGCGCGCACGGGCUGGCUGCAUUUGGCACGUUUGGUGGCCCGGGGCCCCAGGGCCCGGGGGCCCGCCUGGCGACCUGGGAUUACCGUGACGUCACAUUGAGCCUCUGGCCACCUUGGACUAGGACACCUCAGGAGCCGCACAGCCCCCGCGCCGCGCCUCACCUUGCCUCGCCACCGCGCGCCUUUGGGAACCCGCAUCCUCUCCCUUCCCCUGCCCAUCCAUGGGCCCUUCUGUCUUCCGGACCACGCCGGCCGGUGGAGCGCCUUCUGGAGCGCAGGGCUCGGCAGCGAGGCUGCCCUCGGCUCUGCCUCCAGUCGCGCAGAGCAGGCGGAGGACCCCGCGCUGGGCACCCGCAGCCGUGUGAGGAACCCAGGCGGCACACGGCUGGAGGCGCAGAAUCAAGGGACCGAAGCGGGAACAAGCAAGAGAAGAGCGAGGCGGGCCGGUGACAGCCACCAUGUCUUUCCCGCACUUUGGACACCCGUAUGGCAGCGCUUCCCAGUUUCUGGUGUCUGCAAGUUCAAGCGCCACUUGCUGUGAAUCCGCCCCGCGCUCGGUCCCAGAUGUGGCCCCAGGCUCCACCCCGGCGGCCGCUCUCUGCUGCGCACCCUACGAUAGCCGGCUGUUGGGCGCUGCGCGGCCCGAGCUGGGCGCGGCCUUGGGCAUCUAUGGAGCCCCCUACGCGGCCGCUGCAGCUGCCCAGAGCUACCCCGGGUACCUGCCCUACAGCCCGGAGCCUCCCGCGCUGUACGGGGCGCUGAAUCCACAGUAUGAAUUCAAGGAGGCUGCAGGAAAUUUUACACCUGGUCUGGCGCAACCAGGAGCCUAUUAUCCCUAUGAGCCGACUUUGGGGCAGUAUCACUACGACCGGUACGGAGCUGUGGAGUUGAGUGGCGCCGGGCGCCGGAAGAACGCCACGCGAGAGACCACCAGCACGCUGAAAGCCUGGCUCAACGAGCACCGCAAGAACCCCUACCCCACCAAGGGCGAGAAGAUCAUGCUGGCCAUUAUCACCAAGAUGACCCUCACCCAGGUGUCCACCUGGUUCGCCAACGCGCGCCGGCGCCUCAAGAAGGAGAACAAGAUGACCUGGGCGCCCAAGAACAAAGGCGGGGAGGAGAGGAAGGUGGAGGGUGGAGCAGAGGAAACGCAGGGCUGCCUAAACGGUGACACCAAAGACAUUGCUACUAGCCAGGAAGCUCGGGGGCUCCGUCUGAGUGACCUGGAAGACCUGGAGGAAGAGGAGGAGGAGGAGGAGGCUGAAGAAGAGGCAGCGGUCAUAGCUACGGACAGGCUGGCUGAGUUCCAGGAGGACGCGCAGUGGCUGUCAGCACCAUGCGCUGCAGCUCGAGGGGGCCGUCUGGAGCGCAGGGAGUGCGGCCUGGCGGAGUCCCGCUUCUCAUUCAAUGAGCCUCGGGGAUCCGGAGAAGCUGAAUACUUCCGGGCGGAGCCAGGGGGCCCCACAUUGACCGUGCACUACCCAGGCAGUGAGAAACCGCGCAUCUGGUCUCUGGCGCACACUGCGGCAGCCAGCGCUGUGGAAGGUGCACCUUCAUCCCCGCCCAAGCCACGAAGUCCGGAGUGCCAUCUCAUUUCCCGACAGCCUUCAGGCACUGGCAGGCGACCCGCGGUCCCCAGAGACUCCGCGUGUGAGGAGUCUUCCCGCAUAGCCAAAGCCUUUGGAAACCCCACGUUUGCCCUGCAGGGGCUGCCCCUGAACUGUGCGCCGCAGUGCCCGAGGCGGAGGGAGCCUGCAGUGCAGUGCCAGUACCGGUCCGGAGCAGAAGCAGGUUAGCGCAAUGGCUGCGAUUUGCGAUUUGCAAUUUGCCAAGAAUCUUGGAAAUUAGCCCUACUAUUGGAAUUCACCUCCACGCUAAGAAGCUGGGAAACCUCGCCAGGAACUGGGGGAAUCUCCUUUCGCCUAAGAAACAGACACACGGAAACCCUCCUACAGGCCCUCCUUGCACACAGAGCUGGGAGUGGCGGGCAGACAAGCGACUGGUCAGAUCCCAGAGGAGGUGGCACAGGGCACCUUGGGGGAAGGCCAAGUGGGAAGGCUGGGUGGGGACUCUGCCCAGUGCACCCCCUGGGUAUACCACGUCUCCCUCCCUCCUCUGGAUUCAGGGUCUGAAGCUGCUCCCUCCCCUGCUCACCCACCAUCCCUCACGUUGUAACUUCUGCUCUGACCUGGCCUCCAAGGACCAGAAGACUUUCGUCUUCUUCCCCUCCCCACUUCUUGUGUCCUUAAAAAUAAUCAAA